ACCCAAUUUUAAAGUAUGACCCAAUUUGACACAUAUUUACCCAAUUUGGAAGUAAUUUUACAUCUAUGACAUAAUAUUUUGGCUUUCUUCUUCAUUUAUGUAUUUCUUUCACCAGAAAAAGAUGGGGACCUUUGGUUGAGUUGACACGGAAUGACCCAAUUACUCUACACAACAUUGUUUCAACUAGAUUAUUUUUUAUUAAUGUUAAAGUUAAUUAAUAGUAAUUAUGAUCAUAUUAAUAAUUUAAAAUAAUUGUAUAACUUCACAGUGUUAUGUGUUAUGCUACACACCUUUAUAGAGAUUUAAUAAAUUCUGCAUCAUUUAAACAAACUCCUAUAUAUACUAAUAUAUAUGAGAUUAACCUGACUGACUUUAUUCAGGUGUUUCUGACUUCACUCUGUGUCAGAGGCCGUAAAGAUGUCCGGUUGGACUCAAGCUGGUACUGUACUGAAAUAAGAGCUGCUUUACACAUGAUGAAGCUGCUGUGUGCAAGUUGGCUGGUUUUGCUGUUGGGAGUUCAGCUUGUUUUCGCUCAGCUGGAGGAUCUUGAUGAUGAUGCUGAUGAUGAUGAUGUAGAAAACAAGAGAAAUGGAAGAAACAAAAAUAAACCAAUCACCUCAAAUGUCAUCCCAAAAAACAACGAUGAGGACUGUAAUUUGGAACUGGCAUUUUUGGUGGACAGUUCAGAAAGUGCCAAAGGCAACCAUGCCCAAGAGAAGCGUUUCGUUAGUGAUCUCGUUACCCGGAUCCAAAACAUCCAUCUCCAAACCGGGCAGGGCUUGAACUUCAGAACUGCUCUCCUUCAGUACAGCAGUCAUGUGAUCACCGAGCAGACCUUUAAAGAUUGGAGAGGUGUGCCCACCUUCCAGGACCGCGUUGCGCCCAUUCCGUACAUAGGGCACGGCACGUACACCACCUACGCCAUCACCAACCUCACCCGCAUCUACCUGGAGGAGUCUGGCCCUGGCACCGUGAAGGUGGCCAUUCUGCUGUACGAUGGCGUGUCGCAUCCCAAGAAUCCUGAUAUUUUCUCUGCUUUAGCUGAUGCCAAGAACCAAGGGAUUAAGUUCUUCACAGUAGGUUUCACAUCUGCUGCCAAUGUGGAACAGCUGCGACUACUGGCCAGUCCUCCAGCCACCCGCUAUGUACACAACCUACAGGACAAGGGUGUCGUGGACAAGAUUGUCAAAGAGAUUACUGAGGUGGCCAAUGAAGUGUGUCCUCUUUCCCCAAAAUGCACUUGUGAGAAAGGAGAGCGAGGACCCAGUGGACCCGCUGGUAAAAAGGGUCGUCCUGGGGAUGAUGGAAGUCCAGGACCUAAAGGACAAAAGGGAGAGGGCGGUUUCAGUGGACCUCCUGGUCGAGAUGGUACAGAGGGGAAACCUGGAUACAAAGGAGAAAAGGGGGAGCGAGGAGAGUGUGGAACACCAGGAGUCAAAGGAGACAGAGGUCCGGAGGGUCCUGCUGGUAUCAGAGGAAGUCGAGGGCUGCAGGGUUUGCCCGGACCUAAUGGAGACAUUGGACCAGAGGGCCUACCAGGCAAAAAAGGGGAGAGAGGCUUUCCUGGACCACCAGGAAUACAGGGCGAGACUGGCAGUGGGCUUCCUGGACCAAAGGGUGAUGUGGGGUUCCAAGGCAGAAUGGGUCCUCCUGGGCCUCCUGGGAUCGGCGAGCCGGGUCUACCGGGGCCACAGGGGCUGCAGGGUUUGCCAGGAGAGAAGGGCCCUGCAGGAGAGGGUUUACCAGGGCCAAAGGGUGAGAGGGGUCUGGAGGGGCCAAAAGGACCCAGAGGACCAGUAGGUCCUGGCAUUAAAGGAGACAAGGGUGAUUUUGGUCCUCCUGGGCUUCAAGGUCCAGUUGGGCUUCCUGGAAUAGGGAUCCAAGGAGAGAAGGGUGUGGAAGGACCACGUGGACCCCCGGGAAGCAGAGGCCCACUGGGUGAGGGCUACCCUGGACCAAAGGGUGAUCAAGGUUUACCAGGUGAGAUUGGUGCACCAGGAGAGAGAGGAGCAGGAGAACCGGGAGCUAAAGGGGAACCUGGAGCUCCAGGGUUAUCAGGAUUACCAGGUUUACCUGGGGAAGAUGGAGCUCCAGGACAGAAGGGAGAACCAGGAGCCUCUGGGUUGAGGGGCCCUGAAGGAGCAGCAGGAGUCGGGAUCCAGGGUGAAAAAGGUGAUCAGGGUCAGAGGGGAAUCCGUGGGUUAGCAGGGCCACCAGGAAUAGCUGGACCCUCAGGGUCAAAGGGAGAGCCUGGCACCCCUGGGCGACUGGGAUUACCUGGACUACCGGGACGUGCAAUGCCAGGACCAAAAGGUGACGCAGGCCCACCAGGUCCAUCUGGUCCAGUAGGAGAGACAGGAUAUGGACUUCCUGGACCAAAGGGUGAUCGUGGUAGCCCUGGUCCUCCUGGUCUAAGUGGCUCUAAAGGGGAUGGCUAUCCUGGUCCCUCAGGGCCUCCUGGUCUUCCUGGCCUUCCAGGAGAACCUGGUCAAGAGGGCAUCGGAAUACCAGGGCCAAAGGGUGAUGUUGGCUUCAGGGGUUUACCAGGUCCACCUGGACCUCCAGGGGAAGGACUGCAAGGACCACCUGGCAACAUGGGAAGACCAGGACCUCCUGGGCCUACUGGUCCACCGGGACAAGGCAUACAGGGUCCGAAGGGUGAUCAGGGGUCGCAGGGUGUAAGCGGGCCAAGGGGAUCUCCUGGAGAAGGAAUGCCGGGGUCAAAGGGGGAUCGUGGAGCUCAGGGUGAGAGAGGGAUGAAGGGAGUUAAAGGUGACAUGGGAGAUCCUGGCAUUCCUGGACAAACAGGUAGACCAGGAAUCAAAGGAGAUUCUGGGCUAACGAGGGACGAGAUAAUCAGAAUGAUCAGGGAGAUUUGUGGCUGUGGAGUCAAAUGUAAAGAGCGUCCUAUGGAGCUAGUAUUUGUGAUUGACAGCUCUGAGAGUGUUGGGCCUGAAAACUUUGAGAUCAUAAAGGAUUUUGUGGCUGCACUAGUCGACAGACUCACUGUGGGGCGUAAUGCCACUCGAGUUGGCCUCGUUUUGUACAGCCUUGAGGUCCAGCUUGAGUUCAACCUUGCCCGCUACAUCACCAAACAAGAUGUCAAACAAGCCAUACGCAGGGUUCACUACAUCGGCGAGGGCACGUACACCGGCUCUGCCAUCCGCAAAGCAACUCAGGAAGCGUUUUACAGUGCGAGGACAGGGGUGAGGAAGGUUGCCAUUGUCAUCACGGAUGGACAAACGGAUAAACGGGAGCCUGUGAAGCUGGAGAUCGCUGUUAGGGAGGCGCAUGCAGCCAACAUUGAGAUGUACGCUCUGGGGAUUGUUAACAUUAGUGAUCCAACACAGAAAGAGUUUCUCCAGGAGCUCAAUCUUAUUGCGUCGGACCCUGACACUGAGCACAUGUACUACAUAGACGACUUCAACACCUUGCCAGCUCUGGAGUCCAAACUAGUCAAUCAGCUCUGUGAGGAUGAAAACGGAGCACUAAUCUUCAGUCGCAUCAAUGGUUUUGAAAACGGAUAUGGAAUUAAUGGCAACCGCAUCAAUGGUAACAGCAGAUAUAAUUAUGGCACCAACAUAAAUGAAGGCAACAGAGAGAACAAGGGAACACGCUCUGGGAUGAACACUGACACUCAAGGGCGCAGGAGGGGAGAAACUUUUGCGCCAACAGUUGGUCCAGACAUUAAUGAGGAGAUUGAGCAUGUAACUGAGACACCAGACACAAACACUUCAGAGCAAAGCAGUGGUAGAGGAGAUACUCCAACAGUCACUGGGACAUCCACACAUAGCAGACCUUCAUCAUCAUCAUCAUCAACAUCAACAACUGUGAACUCGUCAUCAUCCUCAGUGCUGUAUAUACCAGCCCCACGACCACCUUUACCUAAAGAGGUUGUGCCUCUGGACCCUCGUUGUGAGCUGCUCCUGGAUCAGGGCCGUUGUCGGGACUAUAACAUCCGAUGGUACUAUGACCGGCAGGCCAACGCCUGUGCACAGUUCUGGUACGGAGGCUGUGACGGGAACCGGAACCGCUUUGACACAGAAGAAGAGUGCAAGAGGACAUGUGUGGUCGUGAGAGCAGGAGGCUGAUAUACAUUGUGGAUAAAUUUUCCUUUAUCUGCAAUUCCUCACUUAUCACUGCAACGGACCUGCACUGAAAUACAUAAAGCAUAUGAAAAAUUUUGUAGGAAAGGACAUUUGAGGGACAUUGUAAUGCAACAGUAGAUAACUAAGAAAGAACAGUACUUUCAUAUCACAACCAGCAGAACUGUGAAUAAGCAGUAUUGUAAUAUUGUACACUGUCUGUCAUAUUUACACAACAUUCAUUGAAUUGGCAUUUAUGUAAUAAAGGAAAUGUGUUCUUGAUUUUGAGAACCAAUGUUGUUAGUAUCAGUGAAAGCCUUUUUUUUUUUUUUUUUUUUUUUUUUUUUUUUUAUUAAUCUUUUAUGUACUUUUUGUAAUAAAAUAUUUUGUACAUGGAUAAAUGGCUUGGCUUGGCAAAUUCAAAUGUUCUGUAAUUCCAUGUUCACUAAAUUAUGGAGUAUUUUCUGUUCUGCUCAAAGAGGAUUUGUGCUGCUUUUUAUGGUCAAUGACAUGACAUGCAUAUUUUUGUGUCCAAGUGCAUUAUUUCCUUUUAAAAAUAUUUGAUAAAUUCAUGACAUAAAUCACUUUAUUCUAUAAAACCUAUUUAGUUUCAAUUUAUUUAGUAGUUUAAAUAAUACAUAUUAUUAUUUUAUGUUUUGUUAUCUUAAACCCUCAAAAUGUCAGGUGGUGCAACUGUCUGAACAAAUGAAUAGACUAAGAAAACUAUUUAAAUUUUAAACUAAAUAUGGCAUCAUUUUAGGUUUGAAACCUUUCAUAUAAACAAAUUUUAAAAAUAUCAGUUUUAAAGUUGUUGAGAUAAUUGCUAGCCAAAUGUUUUUCAAUUUGUAUAUUCUCAAAUGUCAGGGUGGCGCAACUGCAAACAUGACUCUUUUAUUAUGAAUCGACAAGGUAAUAACAGUAAACAUGAUGAUGCAUCAUCCAGAGGAACCCAAGUGAUCCUUGUGGCAGAGUGAAAAGGUUUGUAGAUAUCUCCCAAAUACUGCUAAAUUCAAGUAUGGGUAGGUUGGUAUCCUUUCCAUGUCAGAUAGUGUAUAUACAUACAACUAUUUGGUUGUACCACCUGACAUAAAAACCGUCAAAUUAAUUUAAACAAUUAAAAACUUGAAAUGUUAUUUAACAACUGAAAGAUGGUUCAAAACACCUUUUUUGAAGCUUUAUAGAUUGACUAUAAUAGAUUUCUAAUGAGGUAACGUGGUUCUCUUGAGGUUACACACUGCCAUCUUCUGGAAAGAAAUUAAGGUACCAUAUUGUGGUAUUGUGAUGUCCAAGGAUGACUAUAAUACUUGAGGCAGUUAUCCCCUAGCAUUCCAAUUCAUCUCAAUGGCAGUUGCAUGGGAUGCAGUCCUGGAAGUAGAUGACCUGCCAUUUUUGUUCAUGUGACCAAUUACUUUGGAGCAAAGGGUUGGGUCCAGUUAGCUCCUUGCUACUGGUGCCUAUACUACACCAUUAUGUUGGCAAAAACCUCUUUCUCCAUUUUUCUCAAAUUUGUAUUAUCUUUUCACAAAAAUGUAUAUACGUGAAGUCCCUGGGUUUAGUUAAAUAUAGUAGGGCCCCAAGACAAUCAACCCCAAAAUAAAAGUGGUAUGAUCUUCA